AUGCUGCUGAAAUGCACUUUGCAGGUGGUCCGACGUAGCCGUCAUUACCUCCCUCACGUAGCACGUCUGUGCUUGGUUUCGACGUUCAUUGAAGAUGGGUUUCGGCUGUUGACCCAGUGGUCGGAGCAAGUGGAAUUCAUCCGCCACGUAUGGUCCACUGGCAGCUUCAUUGCCGGCCUCUUCAUCCUCAUAAACAUCCUAAUGCAGUUCGCAGGUUCUGCCUUCGUUAUGGUUCGCUACAAAGUCAAGGUCGGCUGUGGAAUUCUUCUUGCAACAGUUGUUAUUCAAACUAUCGGCUACAACAUUUGGACUCGGAUUUUCCUCAUGCGUAAUCUGUCGUUGGUGGGGAGCCUGCUUCUACUAAUUGCCGAGGCCGGUCAGCAAUCGAGGAGUCUCUUGGCGGGGCUACCCUCAGUGGGCGACGAGAACAGGUCGCGGCAGUACCUCCAGUUGGGUGGUCGUCUCCUUGUAGUCCUCAUGUUCCUCACCUUAGUUCACUGGGGAGGCAGCUUCUUCUACCUCAUUCAGGUAGCUCUCUGCCUCCAAUUUCCAUGUCACUUUUGUUAUUCCGUCACUUUGUCCAUCUUGAAUUUGAUUCUCAUUCUCCUGGUGGCGAUUGGCUACAAAACUAAGCUCUGCGCCCUAAUCCUCGUCUCCUGGCUCACCUGCAUGAAUUUCUACUACAACGACUUCUGGUCUAACUACAACGAUGAGAUCAUGUGGGACUUCCUGAAGUACGACUUCUUCCAGACCUGGUCCGUGAUUGGCGGACUAAUGCUAAUCGUGGCACACGGACCCGGUGGUGUUUCUGUCGACGACUACAAGAAGGAAUGGUAG